UGGCAGUGUCCUGGUCCUGCUUGACUUGAGUGGAGUGGGUACAGAUUUUAUAGCAGAACGUAGGGGAAGUCUGAUAAUAAUUGGCCAGAAAACAGGGAUCCCUGUUCUGAUUGGUUGUUCUGGGACAGACGGGAAGGAACGCGUGACAGAUGAAGGCUUGACGCUUAUUGGCUCCUAGAUCUGAAGGUUGGGGGUUCUAAUUGGAUGAGUCUGAAUUGUGACUGGGAGCUCGGUUUGGGUGUCCAGGUUUAGCGUCAUUUCAUUCUGGUUGGCUUUUUAGAAUUGGCUCAGUUGAGGGUCUCCAUGCCAAUUGGCCAGCAGGACCGAGAGGCCUGGAUUCUGAUUGGUUCUUCUGACUCGAAGUCAGGAGAGAUGAGGAUCACCUGCUGCUAUUAGGACUUUGGAGUUAUGAGAGCAAAAGUUCAGGGCCAGUGGAGGGCAAGGGUUUUGCAGUGUGCAUGAUGUGACCUGCCUGUCAUAGUUUCCUUGCAUUGAGGGUUGGUCUGGGAACGGAUUGGUUGUCUAUAAAAACAGAGAAGGCAAGAAAACGCUGUCUCUCCAGCAAACGUGGAGCUUGUCUAUCUCCGCUGCGAUUGCUGAGGGGUCGGGGAUGUUGAAACCAAGAAUCGUUGCAGAUUGGUUACAGGUCGGAAAUGCCCACCAACCUUUGACAGUCCCCGCCUCCACCCCACUCCUGACUUGGUCUCAGCCAACAGCGAAAAUGGCACCACGCGUGAGGAUGGGACCUGCAGCACACGGAGAUUUCCUAUUGGUUGGGAGGCACCUUUCCCGCUUCUCCAUUGGCCUGCUUCUUUAGGCGGGGGAACCGUGAGGGGAUGGGCCCGAACUAGGGACGUUUUCUAGCGAAAGUCAGCCUAGCGAGCUCGGGAGCCUGUGGGAAACGGCUGCUGGCUGCUGCGACCGCGCGGCUUCGGUUAUUCUGUUCCUUUUUUCUCCUUCCUGUUAGUCCACACGUGACUGUCAGCCCACAGAGACAUGGCCACCAACGCAGGCCCCUUGCACCCAUAUUGGCCUCGGCACCUGAGGCUGGACAACUAUGUGCCUAAUGACCUCCCCACCUGGCAUAUCCUGGCUGGCCUAUUCUCCAUCUCUGGGGUCAUAGUUGUGACCACAUGGCUGUUGUCAGGUCGUGCUGCAGUUGUCCCACUGGGGACUUGGCGGCGACUGUCCUUGUGCUGGUUUGCAGUGUGUGCAUUCAUUCAUCUGGUGAUUGAGGGCUGGUUCGUUCUCUACCACGAGGUCCUUCUUGGAGAUCAAGUCUUCUUGUCUCAACUCUGGAAAGAGUAUUCCAAGGGAGACAGCCGAUACAUCAUUAAUGACAACUUCACUAUCUGUAUGGAAACCAUCACAGCUUGCCUGUGGGGACCACUCAGCCUAUGGGUGGUGAUUGCCUUUCUCCGCCAGCAACCCCUCCGCUUUGUUCUACAGUUCUUGGUCUCUGUGGGCCAGCUUUAUGGGGAUGUACUAUACUUCCUGACAGAGUACCGUGAUGGAUUUCAGCAUGGGGAAUUCGGCCAUCCACUCUAUUUCUGGUUUUACUUCGUCUUCAUGAAUGCCCUGUGGCUAGUGCUACCUGCAAUCUUCGUGCUGGAUUCCUUGAAGCAGCUCGCUCGUGCCCAGAGAACACUGGACAGCAAAGGCACAAAAGCCAAGAGCAAGCAGAACUAACAAGCAGUGGACUGGCCUGGAACACUGACUGAUGAUGUGUUCCUGCCAGAAGAGUCCAAUCCUGCUCCCACAGGUUGGAGGGGCCAAAGCUUAUUGAUUUGUGACACUCAGACUGAUGAGUGGCCACAAAAAGGGUCAGAUAUGAGAAAGAUAGGGAUUGUAUAGCACUACUGCCAGGAGCCAUUGGGAACAAGACAUAAGGCAAGGAACAAGACAUAAGCCAUGAUGGUGGCAAGUUUUAAAAUCAGAAAAUAAAAUAUCAUAGCUUGAA